AUGAAUAAGGAAGUGUGUGAAAAGUUUCUUACUCUAAGGAAAUCGCUUUCCGAUGAAUUGGACAGUAGUGGAGAUUAUCAAUUUAAAGAUGAUAAUUUUUUAAAUGAUUAUUGUGAUAAUAAGGAAUGUAAAGAUGAGUUCGAUAAAAUUAGUGCUGGAUGUUUAUAUUUGUUUGCUGCGUUCUAUGGGACUUCUGAAUUGUUUGAUUCUGUUGCAAAAGGAAACAUCAAUAUUGUUGAUUACAUUUUUAUAUGGCUAAGUUAUAUGUUAAACCUGGGCAAUAAUGAAAAAAGCGCCAGUAUCGACCAUUUUUGUAAUGAUUAUAUAUAUAAUGAUAAGAAGUAUAAUAAUAAAAUAGAGAAUGUUACUGAUUAUCAAAGUUAUAUGGAACUUAUAGAAAAAAAACACGAUUUGAUGAAUAUUAAUGACAUGAAUAAAUUUUAUGAACCAUUUAAAAUUUUAUGUAAUAUGUAUAUUGAAUUUAAUAAACAAAGUACAAAUUGUGAGAAGCAUUUAGAAGAUGCCAAUAAGUUUGUUGAAAAAUAUGAUGAACUUAAUGAAGAUUAUAAUAAUGGUAAAUACACCCCCUAUAAUCAAUUAUUAUCUACAUUAUCAAAUGAUUAUUAUAAUUUAAAAAGUAUAUGUUAUGAUUUUCCAUUACUUCCAACAUAUUCACGAAAAUUUGUAAUAAAAAGCACACUAAUUCCAAUUGCAUUUAUAUUUGUUGCAGUAUCAAUUUUCUUGGGAAUUGCAUAUAAGUAUUCGUUACUUGGAUUUCGGAAACGAUCUCAAAAGCAAUGUUUAAGAGAAAGAAUAAAAAAUAUAAAGAAGAAACUGAUCAUUAAUAAAUUAUUCUGA